AGCAGCAGGAGUAAUGAAAGAACAGGGAGAGUGAACAAAAAGGCGACUGUGAAGUUAAAUUACAGGUUGGCUGUAAUGUCUGACGUCCAGCCAGAGUUUGUGAGUGUACUUCAGGUUUAGAGAGACCUGCAGGGAGGGACCUGCAGUUUUCCAUGAGUCCAGCAUGAAUGCUUCAUCCAGACACUGCCAUGAGCUUUACUGAGAAGUCACGAAAGUCUUGGAUUGAGGAAACAUUCUUCAAGAGAGAGUGUGUAAAGUUUAUCUCUUCCUCUCGGGACCAUCACAGAUGUAUUCCAGUGUGUCAAGUAUGCCAGAACUUGAUCAGAUGCUGCUGUGGCCGCCUGAUGUCGGAGCACUCCUGGCAGUAUUCUGCUCCCCCCAUAUCCUUCCAUCCUGGUCCCGGUCAGGACUUGGAUGAGGACUGGUCUGUGGAGCGUCACACCAUAGCCAGUCCCACCAACGCCUAUGGAACUGUAGACUUCGAAGACACUGCCACACGUGUGUGUCGGGCCAAGUAUGUGCGUUUGGCUGUGGACUCAAAGCCAGAGGUUAUUCUCCAGCUGAUGCUGAGGGAGUGGCAGAUGGAGAGACCCAAACUUCUACUGACUGUCCAGGGGGGCUCAGACAACUUUAUUCUGCCCCCUAAAGUCAAUCAGGCCUUUAGCAAAGGGCUGAUGACUGCUGCUCUCAGCACAGGAGCAUGGAUUCUCACUGAUGGAAUUAAUACUGGUGUGUCUAAGUAUGUAGGUGAGGCUAUGAAAAAAUUUGGGGGCCAUGACCUCAGGAAGAGAAGCACUGUUGGGAUCACACCAUGGGGAGUGACUGACAACAACACGGAUCUCAUAGGCAGAGAUGUGUUUAGGCCCUACCAGCCGCUGGGGAACCCUCUGAGCAAACGGGAUGGUCUAAACAGGUUUCACUCUCACUUCCUAUUGGUGGAUGAUGGAACAAUGGGUAAACAUGGGUGCCAGCAUGGUCUCAGAACCAAGCUGGAGAAACACAUCCAGCUCCAGAGGAUACACCCACGGCUGAACCAAGGAGUGCCUGUAGUGUGUGUAGUGGUGGAGGGAGGUCCUACUAUUGUGUCCACGGUGCUGGACUAUGUUAGUAGUGUACCCCCUGUACCAGUGUUCGUCUUUGAGGGAUCAGGCAGAGCUGCUGACCUGCUUGCCUUCUUACACAAGCAGACAGCCAAUAACAGGGAGCUGGAUGCAGACAUUAAAGAAGACUUCCUUGUCAGAAUUGGAGAGGUGUUUGGUAUUGAGAGAUCUGAAGCUGUUCACCUUUACACACUCCUUCUGCAGUGCAUGGAUCACAGACAGUCUAUAACCAUCUUUGAUUCUGAAUCAGAGGACCACAUGGCACCAGAUGCAGCUAUUUUGACUACAACCCUGAAAGGCACCAAGGCCAGUCCUGCAGAGCAGCUGAGUAUGGCCCUAGCCUGGGACAGGGCUGACAUUGCACAAAAAAAUGUGCUGGUGUAUGGACAGCAUUGGCAGGUAGGUUCACUGGAGCAGGCCAUGCUGGAUGCUCUGGUGAUGGACCGUGUCAGUUUUGUCAAACUGCUUAUUGACAAUGGGAUGACAAUGAGCCGCUUCCUCACUGUCGAGCGCCUUGAAGAGCUCUAUAACACGCCUCGGGGGCAGAUGAAGCGUUUUUUCCACCACCUCGUUGAAGAUGUGAAACAAACUUCUUUGCCUAUAGGCUACCGUCUGUCUCUCAUUGACAUGGGCCUGGUAAUAGAAUACCUCAUCGGAGGAGCGUACCGUAGCAGUUACACACGGAAACACUUCAGAGCAGCCUACAGUCGCCUACAGGACAAGAAUGGUAGACGGGACAGUUCCAGCUUUGUGUCUAAACAGAGACGGGGAUUGAUACCUGUCACAAAGAGGAGCAGGAGUUCACAAGACCUGCAUUUCUUUAGAACUGCACAGCCCUACAAACGAAAGGAGCGAGACACAUCACCAGGGAGCAGUCAAGAGAUAACAUCGACUCCUGGACUCGGAGAUAGUCCAAUUCUAGUUCCCUUCAACUUUAAUGACCUGUUUGUGUGGGCGGUGCUUCAGCAGCGACAGCAGAUGGCACUAUUCCUGUGGCAGCAUGGUGAAGAAGCACUGGCACGUGCUACUGUAGCCUGUAAACUUUACCGCUCCAUGGCCUUGGAGGCACGGCAGAGCAGCAUGGAUGACGACAUCUCAGAGCGAUUCAAGACAUAUUCACUUGAAUUUGGGCAGCUGGCUGUGGAUGUGCUGGACUGUGCAUUUCGUCAAAAUGAACAAAUGUCCAUGAAGCUGUUGACCUCUGAGAUGGAGGCAUGGAGCCACUUUACAUGUCUGCAAAUGGCUGUUUCAUCAGGACAUAGACCGUUUGUAUCUCACUCAUGCACUCAGACCCUCCUGACCGAUCUCUGGACUGGUCCACUCAACAUGAGAAAGAACUCCUUUUUAAAGAUAAUACUGAGCCUCCUUCUGCCGCCUGCCAUCUUGCUACUGGAAUUCAAAAGCAAAGCUGAAAUGUGCCAUGUGCCCCAGUCCCAUGAGGCAAUGCUGUUUGGUCGUGAAUCUGUAAAAUCAGUGGCAACAGACAUGAAAACUGAUCACAUGGGCACUGAGGAUGCAGAGCGUGGCCUGUCUUUCCAUGACAGAUGUUUUGUUCCAGUUUCACAAACUGUGUCCUCUAUCACCCAGCAGUGUCUGUCCUGGAUCACAAUGAUAUAUGAAUUCUACACAGCCCCGGUUGUCAAGUUCUGGUUCCACACAAUGUCAUACUUAGCAUUUCUAAUGUUGUUCUCCUACACUGUUCUGGUGAAAAUGGGUGAUCAACCCAGUGCUCAGGAGUGGCUAGUCAUAGCGUAUAUCUUGUCUACUGCUGUAGAGAAAACCAGAGAGGUGCUCAUGUCAGAGCCGCGGAAAAUAAGCCAAAAGUUGAAGAUUUGGUUCUCAGAGUACUGGAACAUAAAUGACUUCAUUGCCAUCAUCCUCUUCCUGGUUGGUCUGGUGAUGCGGUUGGUUCCUGGUCCCUUCCAAACUGCUGGACGUCUCAGCUACUGUCUGGAUAUUAUCUUCUGGUUUGUCAGAGUUUUGGAUCUGCUGGCUGUCAAUCAGCAUGCCGGUCCUUACCUCACUAUGAUCACCAAGAUGACCAGAAAUAUGUUCUUCAUUGUGGUGAUGAUGGCAAUUGUGCUGCUGAGCUUCGGGGUGUCCAGAAAGGCUAUUCUGUCACCAAACGAGGAGCCAUCCUGGAAUCUUGCCCGAGACAUUGUCUUUCAACCGUAUUGGAUGAUCUACGGGGAGGUCUAUGCGUCAGAGAUAGAUCCAUGUGCCAAUGGUCAGCCAUGUCCUCCUGCAUCCUUUCUCACGCCGUUCCUCCAGGCUGUCUACAUGUUCUUCCAGUAUAUUAUCAUGGUCAACAUUCUCAUUGCAUUUUUCAAUAACAUCUACUUUGACAUGGCAUCUACAUCCAAUAAGCUGUGGAGGUACAAUCGUUAUCGCUACAUCAUGACCUACCAGGAGAGACCAUGGCUUCCACCACCACUUAUUCUCCUCAGUCACAUGACUUUAGCUUUAAGAGCAAUCUACAACAGGCUCAGCGGAGACACUGAACGGGAAGAGAGAGGCUCUGGACUCAAGCUGUACCUGGGCCAUGAGGAUCGAAAGAAGCUCCAUGAGUUUGAGGAGAAAUGUUUAGAGGCCUACUUUCAUGAGAGGAAUGAAGGUCCCAGUAAUCAGAUCAACAGGAUCAGAGUCAUAGCUGAGAGAGCAGAGGAGAUGAGCAUGAUGGUGGGAGAGGUCUCAGAGAAGGUUCAUUUCAUUCAGGACAGCCUGUCAGGCCUGGACUGUCAGCUGGGUCAACUCCAGGACCUGUCAGCUCUGGCCGUGGACACCAUCACCCUGCUGUCUGCCUCUGACAGCCUGCAACAGGAAGAGGCCCGUCUGGCUCAGUGUCGACCUAUUGCAGCAUCCCGGCACAUCGUCCCUCACAGUUGGACUCUGCCGUACAGAAGUGGAGCCGACUUUGAAGGAGUCAGUAUGCGGCGAAAUGUGGCAAAGUCAUGUAAAAGCACCCCACCUUCUCUGCUGAAGGGCUAUAAUCUCAUGGCAAACAGACUUACCUCACAGGAGUGUCAUGGUGGGAGCAGGGGGAGCAGAGGAGGAAGACAAGGACACACAGAAGAGGGAGGAGCAAAGGAGGAGGCACAGUCUGGCCAUGUCCACAAUGACAUGUUUCAACCUGCAUCCCACACUGCAUUUUUUCACCAUUACGGCGGGGCAGAUAAUCAGACACCCUCUGAGUCCUGUGGACCAUCCCGCUGUGGGUCUCCUCUUUCUCCCAGGGUUAGUGACAGAGGACUAGAGUCACUACACUAUAAACUCUGGACCUGUGAACCACACAUGUAUCCCACACAGGAAGAGGCAUGGAUGGAUGAAGAGGAAGAGGAACUGUAUGAAGCAGAAGCAGAGGAUCAGAAGACAAAGGAACAGCUGUCUACAUUACAAAAAUCCAGAACUUCUAGCAAGGCCAUCCUGUUGUCUGACCCCAGAGACAUUUCUGAAGGUCUGGUGAAUCCUGCUUUUUGUCCAGAUGACAACCAAGUUAGAUCUCGGUCCAGACCCUCCAGCCAGUGGAGAGCAUCCGUGAAAACCCCCAGAUGGGCUUGUCAGUUUAGAGACCGUCCUUAUGGCUACUGCAGAUCUCUGUCCUCCAGUGUUGAGAAUAUAACGUUCCCUGGGGCAGCUCACAAUCCACUGAGGGGCUCAUUUCCUACUCUUAAUGAACCCAUGAGGAAAGAAUGUUUAUCAGGUGUGAGGAGCUUUAGGGAUGACACUUCACUAUAUUGCAGCAAGAGCAGAGAAUGGUCCAAGUCCUCUGACUUUGCUCGAACCUUGCACAGCAAAGGAAGAUCCCAAAACAGAAAAACAGUCACGAUACAAGAGAGCAGUCCUGAUAAUGAAGCCAUGCAGUCUCAUUUAUCUAACGCCUGCUGGAGAAGGCAACGCAGGUUAAGAGGAGAACCUACAUGUUGGUCUGCUUCAACCAGCCUCAGUCAGCUCAAUCUGGAACCCAUGGAUUUGUUGCUGAGGCAGGUGUUUUCCCAUCAGGAUAUGUGGAGCCCUACUCAUUCUGCCUGGAACAGUCGAGCCAGAUCUGUUAGCCGCAGUUUACAGAGUGGCAUUGCUCUGGAGGUAAGAAGCUCCUCAUUCCAGUCCACCGACAAUUUGUAUCCACAUUAUUCAGCAAUGGAAAGAAAUAAUUUGAUGAGACUGGCUCACACUAUUCCUUUUACUCUCGUUUCCAUUAUGGGAGGUGAAGAGGUCAGCAUUUACUCUCUAGAUGAAGUACCCUCUAAUGCUGACAGUGAAUUCAGUCACUCCAGCUCAGUCUCAUCCUGGUCAUCACGAGGUCUGUCAGCCAUGUUGCAGCCCCUCGCCAGUGAGGAGGGCUCUCUGGAUGGGGGUCUGCGCCAGGGAUGCAGAGUGCUCUGUACCUGGGCUGAACAAGACGUACUCAAACCUGGUUUAGUGUAUGUGGUCAAAGCCUUCAGGACAGAGGUUGUUCGUGCCUGGCAAAGAUACUUCGAAGGCAGCACAGCACUACAGCUUUGUUUAAGGGACAUCCAACAGCAGAGAGCAGCUCAGAAGAUGAUGAACGUAUUUAACCAGAUCAAACCUGAGGACAUGCACCACUCGCCAAGGUUUCUAGACGUAUCACUUGUCCUCUGGCAUUCAAAUGGCCAGUGGCUGACCAUUGAGAGGAACAUGUCUGGAGACUUCAGGAAGUAUAACAAUAACACAGGAGAGGAGAUCGCCCCCUGCUGCACACUUGAAGAGAUGCUCCUUGCGUUUUCCCACUGGACCUAUGAGUACUCAUGUAGAGAGCUGCUGGUUCUCGACAUACAAGGAGUAGGUGAGGAACUGACUGAUCCAACAGUCAUCAUGGCAGAGGACCGGAGUGGCAGCAGGGUUGAAAUGCUCUUUGGUCCUGAUAACCUUGGAGACACUGCCAUCAACGGUUUCCUUCAAAAACACUCCUGCAAUACGUGCUGCCGCAGACUGGGCCUAGCAGAUUUCUCCAACAAAUCAAACCAAAUUAUUCAUGCUGGAUGCGUGGACUUCCUCCCAGGCCUAUUUAAGGAGGGGUGCGGACAGUGAAGAAGAGCCGCCGUCAGGGAGAGAAGAACAAGAGGAUGAAGAAACUGGGAUAUAACCAUUGACUCUGGAAGUAUGGAAAAAUGACACAUAUACAAACAUAUGUACCGGGGCAUGCCUAUUUGAAUGUACACACACAUAUGUGACUAUAUAUACUGUAUGGUUGAGAAGUAAUCAGUGGGAGAGUUGGGGGCUAUUAAAAAUGUAAGGGAAAAAUAUUUUAAUAUAAUUUCUGUGUAUAGUAAAAAUUAUAAUACAUCUUAUGAUUUAAAAGGGCAUUUUUGCACACUUUGCUUAUAAACAUUUUUAGCUUGAGAUGAUGGAAUAAAAUCUACUCAAAUUUAACAGUGUACAUGUAUGAGACAGAAAAAUGAGACAGAAAUGCACCCAUAAAAUUUCUUUUAUUUUUUUUUCUUCCCACAACAAAAUGUCUACAAAAGCGAUAAAAUAUAGAAUUUAACAAAAAUCACUUCAGACCUUCACGUUGUAUAUACAUCUCAAAGGAGGACUCGUUGAGAGCUCUGCAGAGCUCUGAACUUCAACUCAGUCUGAUUCGUUAAAUGUAGCCAUUUGUGGCUUGUUUUUAUCCACACACCCACACACACAUGAACAUACACACUCUAAUUUUUAUUUGAAGAUGAGACCUGUUUGUGUCGUUUCUCUUGUGGAUUUUCAUAGAGUCGGAGUUCAGAGUCCAACAGAGGCCCUUCUCACCAAAUGAAAAAAGCAUAAAAUGUAAAAAUGGUUUGUCAGUGUAUUUAAAUACACAUUUUCCUUGGAGUUCCCCUUUUUUGAUUUGUUUCUCAAGUAAACGCACACAGUAAAGCAUCUACACCCCACUUUCUGCCAUUCCUUCCUUUCCUCGCUACCUAUGGCACUUUGAAAAUAACAAAAAAAAGUUUCCUUUUUUUGUAUUUUAUUGUUUUGUUAUGUUAGUCCUGUGUAAAAGAGAUUCUGUAACCUAAGUACCUUUCAGGUUUCUGUUACAGAUUGCUACAUUUUGUUUUAUUUGCUCUUGCUGGGACGCAAAGACAUUCUAAACAAUAACUUAACACUUCUCAACACUACUCCAAUUGCACGCAUGUGUAAUGCUUCAAGAAAGUUUACAAAGCAUUGGUAAAGUCAUUCAUCAUCCCAUUCUCUAUGUUUCUAUGUCUCUCACACACCCAUUCACACAAGUUUUCUCAGGGCAGGUAAAAGGAGGUUUUGCGUGGAGUGUAUUUGACCAAGUGUAGGAAAUGCAUUUGAAAGCAAGUGUAUGAAAAACGUCCGUCUGAGUCACCACAUGAUUUGAUGACUGCUUUUAUUGUGCGCUCUGUUUUUGUCAAUCUGUGUUGAUGGAGUGGUAAAGGCGCAUGAUGCGUUCAGCCCCUCACACUGAACAGGCUACUCCAUAACAUUCAGAAUAAAUUACCCUCCCCUCCCCACGUCCUUGUCCCUCCCGCUGCAGGUUCAGGGUCUCUGAUCCGGUUCAAUAAGGCCAGUUCAGACAGGGCAGUUCACUGACUGGUUACACCAACUCACACAUUCAGAGGUUGAAAGGAAAAUUCAACAUGUCAGAAUCCAACCACAAAUUUUAACUUUGUGUAUAAAUAAGAGCGUUUUAUUUAAAAAUUAUUUCAACUUGUGAAAAAAUUUUUUUUUGCUUUGAACUGACUGAAUUGAUGUGGAAUUUGCCCUAAACCCAUCUCCCACCCUGCCAAUAACCCCUCCCACGAGACCCCCAAUAUCAUGAAAAGAGAAAACACAAAUAAGCCCCAAAUGUUUCAUUGCAAUGAAACGUCAUGCAAAUAGAACAGAACAACAAUAGGCUAAUAGUAAUAGAAGAAUAGUAGUCAUAAUAAGAACAAUAAUAAUAGUAAAUAGUAAUAAAAUAAAAAAUAAUCUUACAAUGCAAACAUGACAGUAGUAAAUGCCUCCAAUUCUUAUUGCUACAGUAUCUUACUUACAGUGUUAUGUUGUCACUCGUUCUUGCCAGCACAUCCCGUCUCAUAACCCCAUCCCACCCCUCUGAUUCACAGUCUAACAAGGAAAAAAACAUCACACACAAAAACUUCAUUUCCAGAGCUAGAAUUCACUGUCCUAGGUUUGUUGUGAUGGCGCUUGAUUCACAGUAUACUAGUGGACUCUUCCUAAUGUCCCAAGAGCAGCAAAAAAUGCAGUAAACUUUAGUGUACAGCGGUGACAAAAGCACACUGAUAUACAGCAGUUUGUUAUUGUGCUACGUGACAAUGCUCGUUAUGUAGUCUGAUGUCUAAAUAGGUUUGGACAGUGAAUUCAUGCUCUUUACACACAUACACACAGACACACACUUAUCAAAGCCUUGUCUGGGCAUAUUCCAAUGCUGACAUACGUUGGUGGCGUAUGCUGUUUAUCACAAAAAGUAAUUCUUUUAUAGUUAAAUUUUUGUAAAUUUGCAAAAAUAUUAAACCCUCUUUUAAUGCAAAGUCAGAAAAAGAGCUGCUCCCUGAGAGAUGCUUUGUAGUGCAUCGAGCCUUUAUGAGCAAGUGAUUGUCUUUAAGAGUCACUGGCCUCUGAUCUGGGGUAUAGGGUCAGGGGUCAAAGAAAUGAUCCUGGGCUUUUUGAGGAAUCACAGAAUGGAUCACUGAGAGGCAGCAUAGAAACGAUUGUAAAGUAGAUCGCUAAUAAUUGAUUUCAUGCUCAUUCCUCAUGCUGUCGACAGUAUUGUUUUUCAUCACAUAAAGAAAACAGGAAUGUGUAAAAUAAAUGUAAUGUUGCAUAAUGUGAUCACCUAAAGCAAGAUAUAGAUUUGGCCACUGUGCAACAAAAAAUUGCAUCCAAACAUUUAAAUGAACCUGACUAAUGUUCCCACAUGUGCUCAAGCUAUCCCCUAAUAUAAUCACAGUAAGCAAAGUUGAGGUAAAAGUCUAAGUGCUGUUCUAAGUAGUUAAAAUUACAUAUAUGUGAUUAUAUAGUGUGAUUUUCCCCUCUGUCAACUGGUUAGACAGGGAAAAAAAAGAACUCAGUCCCAUCAGAUGGUUAAUUUAGUGCAUUCCCUGUGGUCUACGGGCCCUAUUUUUGCCUAUUUUUGGUAAGUUGCUCAUUUUGAAAGUUGCUUCUGAGAGUUGUCAAACCUCCUCACAGAUUUCAAAAGUAAUGCAUAUAGAGCAUCUAGUGGCCGAAUACAGAACUGCAGAUAAUGU